AUGACGACUGAAACCGUCCAGAAACCUGUGGCCGAACCUGCGCCCACCGAGGCCUCCACGGCCUUACCAGCCGACACCCUUACCAAAUAUAAGACCGCAGCUGAGAUUGCUGCCAAAGCACUCCACCAUGUGAUCUCCAAGGCCGUCAAGGGAGCUGUCCUACUUGAUCUCUGUCGAGAAGGUGACAAAUUGAUCGAGGAGGCGUGUGCCUUGGUUUACAACAAGGACAAGAAAAACCCCACCCAAAAGGGCGUCGCUUUUCCCUGCACUCUGAGCAUCAACAAUGUUCUAUGCCAUUUCACUCCAUUGCCCACUGACCCUGGUGCGACACAAACUCUUGAGGAUGGCGAUGUAGUGAAGAUCCUGAUGGGUGCCCAUAUCGAUGGAUAUGCCUCGAUCAUUGGUGAAACUAUCAUCAUUGGUGCCUCAGCUGCAUCACCCGUCACCGGUACCAAAGCAGACCUCGUAGCCGCAGCCUAUAACGUCGCCGAACUUGUCUUGAGAUCAAUUAAGCCAGGUGUCAAGAAUUGGGAAGCUACUGAUGUAGCUUCUAAACUUGUGAAGGAAUACAAGGGUUCGAUCAAAGGAAUGGAGGGCAUGAUAUCGCAUCAACACGAGCAGAACGUGAUCGAUGGCAAAAAGACAAUCAACUUGUUUCCGGCUGCCGAACAACACCGGGAUAAAGAUUCAACAUUCCUUUUUGAAGAAGGAGAUGUCUUUGGUCUCGACGUUCUUCUGACAUCCGGUGAAGAAACCAAAGCGAAGGCGCAUGGUGAUCGCACAUCAAUCUUCCAAAAGACAACAUCCACCUAUCAGUUGAAAAUGAAGACGUCCCGGUCCACAUAUGGCGAAAUCGUCAAAAAGGCAGGCGCAUUCCCGUUCACAUUACGUACUUUGGAAGAUCAAACCAAAGCGCGGAUGGGUGUCAAGGAAUGUGUUCAGCACGGGCUGCUAAAAGAGUUCGAUGUAACCACGACAACCGACUCCAAAGACUUGACUGCCCAAUAUUUCGCCACCUUCGUUGUCACCAAGACCGGCGUUACAAGAAUCACACCGGCUCCAACAUUUUACGUCGGAAGUGGAUCGGAGAUCGUUAAGAGUGAAGUCAAGAUCGAAGAUCCGGAGUUGGUCAGCACAUUGGCGAGAAGCUUGAAGCCCAAGAAGGCUAAGAAGGCUACUGAUGGAGCUCCGGCCAGCUAA